AUGGAGAUGAAGGCACCACCUCAUUCCAAAGAGGAUGAAACUUUGCAUAAUUAUCUCACUAGUCUGCCUCCUUUAGAGACCAACGAGGAUGCUGGAGCUACUUUGAAUUCACUUGCCUUUGAUUUUUCUCCUACUACAUCAUAUGAUAACGUCUUAUUCAAUAUCUUAUAUGAUGAAUCCAUCGUUCCCAUAAGAAAUAACCCCUUGGACACAUCAAUGCCUAAACUUUUUUCUGAGGAUGCAAAAAAAAUACAUCCACAUGAAGAAGCUGAUAAUGUAAUUCCUACCGAAGAUUACUCACCUGACUUAUCUUUAAUCUCAAGUGAUGGUUUUAUGAAAGAUUCAGUUGAGGGUGGAAAUUGUAUUCAGGAAGUAGGUCAGGUUGAGGCAAACAGUGAACUUCCUGAUUGUGAAAAUCAAAUUCAGAGAUGGAAUGAUGAGGUUUUUCGUACACAGGAGCUCGUUUUAGAUAGGCUUGAGAAUAGGAUGACCAUUAACGUAGCAAAAUCUGAUGAACAGAAUGCUAGUAAUCAAAUCAGUCGGAGUAGUCUCAUAAUGCCAUUUCAGGACCUAACGAAUAAACAGUUGAAUCCUCCAAACUUGAAAAGGAAGAUGAAUGAUCAGAUUCAUCUGGAUGCUUCUUUCUUAACACAUGAAAAUCAGGAGGAAAGUGCUGAUUUCUAUCAGAGUAUCCCCCAAAAGAAGAUGAAAAUCCACAACUCAAAUCCAACUGGGGAAGGAGGGGCAUGCAAUAACUGUAAAUGUAGAAAAUCUCAGUGUUUGAAACUUUAUUGUUCGUGCUUUGCUGCUGGAGUUUACUGCACAGGACCUUGCUCAUGUCAAAACUGCUUGAAUAAUCACAUUAAUGAAGAUAAAGUCCUGGAAGCUCGCAAGAAAAUUGUGCCUAAGGUUGUAAGAAGUUCUGAUUAUUCACCUCAAAUAAACAAAAGUGGAUGCAACUGCAAUAAAACAAGCUGCAUGAAGAAAUACUGUGAAUGUUAUAAGGCUGGUGUUGGUUGCUCCCCAAGUUGUAACUGUCGAGGAUGUGAGAAUAUACAUGGUAGAAAGGAUGGUGUGGCUGGAACAAAGUCUUAG